AUGCAAGAACCACCACCAGAAUUUGUAGAGUUGUUAUGUUCAGUUAAAGGAGAGAAAGACAAGACUAUCAAAGAAAGGGUCAAAUAUGAAUUAAAAGAAUUAAAAUUAACCAAUCCAUCUCAAUCUAUGAGUUGGCUGUUAUACUUGAUUAUUAAAUCAUUACCAACUGUAAAAGAGAAUGCAUUGAUUCUAUUGUAUAGAUUCUUGAUACCAAAUCAUAAAUCAGUUUGGAAAGAUUUAGCCAAUGAUGUUAAACAAUGUCUAAAGGAACAGUUGAUUGUAUUUAUCAAAGAUCCUGAGAAUGUAAUCAACACUGCACACAGGAAUUCAGCUAUUGCUAUCAUUGAUUCUGUAUCUCAUUCAAUUCAUAGUGAAGGAGGAAAUUGGAAUAAUUUAAUAACAUUUAUAAAAAAUGAAAAGACAAUAACAACAACAAAGACAAAGACAAAGAAAGGAUCAAUGUCUAAUACUACACCGACUACUAUUACACCUACUACUACCGUAUCACUAUUAAAUGAAUCAGUAUAUUUAAUAUUAAAGGAUAUUUAUUUAACAUUGGGUAAACCAAUUGUUUCAGAUCCAAUAGAAUAUACUAGAUUGGUUGUAAAUGGGUUAAAGGAUCCUAGUUUACAAGUUCAUCGAGAAUUAUUUAGUUUAAUGGCUUUGAUACCAAAGGAAUAUGGAAAAAACAAUUUUAAUUAUCUCGACGGUGAUAAUUACCUAUUGUUGGUCAAUACUAUAACUGCACUCUUUAAAGACGCUCCAUCUAAACGUCUCAAACAUGAAACAACACAUAUUGUCCAAUCAUGUACCAUCACAAAAGAGUUGUUAAAGAAACACCCAAACAGCGUCUACCAAGUAAUGCAUGUAAUACUUUUAGAUCGUUGGGAUGACAAUGAUUGUGAUGAACGUGAAAUAUUAAAAUUGGUUGUUAUUUUUGAAAAUAUUUGUAAACUAGAUCCAAAUCUAAUUCGAAAGGAAUAUAAAGGAAUAAUUAAAAAAAUAUUUUUAAUGUUGGAAAAGAAAACAAUCAACUCUACUAUUAUUGCAUCUAAAGUGUUAAGAUUCAUUUUAGGAGGAAUAGGUAAAAAGAGAGUUGGAAAAGAUUUCUAUAAGAUUGUGACGGUACUCAGACCACCAAUGGGUCGAUUCAUCCGAGAUUCUCUUUUUUAUUGUCAGCAAAUAGGUAUUGAACGCUAUCUUGUUUAUUUACCAAUGACAAUGCGGUUUAUUAGGCAAUUGGAACCGACUGGUGAAGCAUAUCAAAAGUAUUGUCCAGCAAUAUUAGAACUUGCUUAUUCUUCUUCUUCAAUGAUAGGACAUUUCUACAGAUAUAUUGGGCCACUGAUGAAUCUUGUCAAGAACUUUAAAGUACCUGAAAGUGAUAAUGGUUGGUACGACGCCAAAAAACUCUCACUCUGCUUUAUAUCUGUCAUCCUCACUUCAAUACUCGUCAAUCUAGACAAGGAAAAUGGGGCAACAGAUUUAUUUAACCAAUACUGUCUAGAAUUUAUAGACUUGUUGUUUAAAGAUAUCAUGUCUGACCCAAAAGACCCAAGUCCAAUGAGUGUUAAAGCACUUGGAGAGAUCAUCACGACAGCUGGUUCUCGACUGACAGACAGUCACAUCGAUCUAAUCAUUGUAUCAAUGUGCAAAGUAAUAGAGAGUUUGAAAUAUGCAAUCGACUUUGAACAAUGUAUAUCUGUUAUACAUUCAAUUCUCGGCAAGACCAACGCAUCAGUCAUCAUGUCAUCAGGUCUAAUAGAAUCGGUUCUUGUCAAAAUCACCAAAGUCAAAGACUCACAUAAACAUUUCUUUAUUGAUUUGUUGAGUACUUUAAUCUCUCGAUUCACAACAGAUUUGAUACCACAUUUCACAAACAUCACCAGCUCACUUGAGCAUCUGUUAAUGUGCCAAGACGAAUUGGCAUCAAGUUUUACUGCACAAUGUCUAUCAAAUGUAGCCAAAUAUACACCUAUUAAAACGACUUGUCUUGUCAGUGAUGAUGACCGAGAGACUCUUGUCAAACCAUCAUACAUCAAACAUCUAUUACAAUAUUUAUUUGGUAGCAAGUUGCAUCGUGGUGAUGUAUGGUUAAUAUCAAUUACACGUCUAUUUAAAUACCAAGCACCACUUUUCACUCAAAAGGAAAAACAACAAAUGACACAAUUGGUUUGGGAGUACCUACCAGAAUCACAACUAUCAACCACUUGGAAAUACCCAGUUUUAAUGGAUCUUUAUAGUCUUGUCAAUGAAACACCUAUACUCAUCGUUGUUUCACGAGAUUACCGUGCCAUCUCAUUCAUCUGUCAUUGGCUAGAUCAAGUUGCAAGAUUUCAAGGUUAUAAAAGUGACCAAGAAAAUAUUCUGAAAGAUUAUUGGAUCGAUUUAUUAAAAGAUAUAGUCAAUUCACAAUUGAAUGAAAUUCCUCAAUCAGUCAUUCAAUUUCUUAAACCAAGGUGUCCAGAAAUAUUUUAA